AUGACACCAGAUACAAGACCAGGUUUACUGUCCAAAGACACUGCCAGAAAGCAUGCACAACACAGGAAAGAAAAAGUUGCGAAUGAGAAAAACAAGAAAAAACCACAGGCUGUACUUGAGAAGGAAAAGAGGGAGGAAGGAUUAAGGGCCAGUAUAUCCAGUGAAAAUAAAGGGUUCUCAUUGCUGCAGAAGAUGGGAUAUAAACCAGGAAUGGCUAUUGGAAAAUCAGGUGUUGGAAGAACAGAGCCUAUCCCAGUUGAAGUGAAAACUGUAGGAGGGGGACUUGGGAGUGAGACCGAACAGAAGAGAAAGAAAGAUGAGAGGGUUCAAAUGCACAAAUAUUGGAGUGCAAAGAGACAAAAGAUGGAAGUUGAACAUAAACAAACCUUCAUGAAACGAAUGAAUGAAAAAAUGAGGAAUAGAAAUGUUGAUAAAGACUUGUAUAAAAGUCAGAAAGUUUGCGAACAGCUUGAUUCACAGUUGGGUAUAACAGAACCACAUGAGCCAUUUUUCUGGCCAGAAGCAUUGUUGCCUAAACAAGCAGAGGAAGAUGAUGACUAUGGGGUCGAGUCAGAUGAGAGACUUGACCGUCUGCAACCAGGUUACAGUGGGUACGUACAGGAUGAUGUCUCGGAUGAUGAUGAUACUGAUGAUCUAGCAGAGACUGGUGGAAUGCCAACAGCAACCUUUAGUACUGAAGAAAAAUUAGAUGUGUUGACUAUAUACCUACGGACUAAGCACAAAUACUGUAUUUGGUGUGGUACUAAAUAUAAUGAUAAAGAAGAUCUUAUGAAGCAUUGUCCUGGAAAUUCAGCUGAACUUCAUGAAGAUUUGUGAUACUGUUCAAUUUUGUUAAUUAAAAAAUGAUUACUGUUCCAGUUUAUUUAUUUAAUUUAUAAAUUAGUAUGUAUUAGUUCAUGAAUUACCAUUCCUGUUUGCAGACCUGUCUUUUAGAUUUAUAUUGUCUUGUUUAUUGUUAGCUAAAACAUCACAAAGAUCGGAUAAGUUUAUAAACAAUUAAAAAAAGAAAAAGUUAACUAAUUCUACUGUGAAACAAGAGAUCACAGAGUGAUCUUGGCGCCCACCAUUGAGCCAUUUUUGAAUGUUCCAAAUUUAAAGACUAGCUCAAGGUCAAAAUCCAGGUCAAAGUUCAUUUCGGUACACAAAACUGUGCAUAUGGCCCAUGCAUGUGGUCCAGAUUUAGAAGUUGUAGCUUGAGAAAUGUGAAAGUAGGUCACAAGAUCAAUUUCAAGGUCAAAGCUCAUUUCAGUAAACAAAACUGCAUGUGCUUCAAAUUUGAAGGCUAUAGCUUGAGAAGUGUGAAAGUAGGUACUAGAUAAAAAUAAAGGUCAAAUUUCAAUUUAGAACACAAAACUAUGCAUGUGGUCCAAUUUUGAAGACUGUAGCCUGAGAAAUGUAAAAGUAGGUAAUUAGGGCAAUCUCAAGGUCAAAGUUCAUUUCAGUACACACAACUGUGCAUGUGGUCCAAAUUUGAAGGAUGUAGCUUGAGAAAUGUGAAAGUAGGUCACUAGGUCAAAAUCAAGGUCAAAUUUCAUUUCGGAACAAAACUAUACAUGAGGUCAAAAUUUGAAGCCUGUACGUUCAAAAAUGUGAAAGUAGGUCACUAGGUCAGUGUCAAGGUCAAAGUUUAUUUCGGUGCACAAACCUAUGCAUGUGGUCCAAAUUUUAAGGCUGUAGCUACAGAAAUGUGAAAGUAGGUCACUAGGUCAAAAUCAAGGUCAACUCGUGUCAAGGUUCAUCUAGCCACUCAAAACUAUACAUGCGAUCCAAAUUUGAAUUUGAAUGGACAAGAAGAUUAUAAUAGUUUUUCCCUAUACAAGUCUUAUAUAAACCAUGUGACCCCCAGGGUGGGGCCAUAUUUGACCCUAGGAGGAUAAUUUGAACAAUCUUAGUAGAGAACCACUAGAUGAUGCUACAUUACAAAUAUCAAAGCCCUAGGCUUUGUGGUUUUGGACAAAAAGAUUUUCAAAAAUUUUCCCUAUAUGUCUAUGUAAACCACGUGACCCCCAGAGCGGGGCCAUAUUUUACCCUAGGGGAAUAAUUUGAACAACCUUAGUAGAGAACCACUAGAUGUCACAUACAAAAUAUCAAAGCCCUAGGCUCUGUGGUUUUGGACAAAAAGAUUUUCAAAUUUGUCCCUAUAUAAGUCCGUAUAAACCACGUGACCCCCAGGGCAGGGCCAUAUUUGACCCUAGAGAGAUAAUUUGAAAAAUCUUGGUAGAGGACCACUAGAUGAUGCUACAUACCAAAUAUCAAAGCCCUAGGCCCUGUGGUUUUGGACAAGAAGAUUUUCAAAGUUUUUCCCUAUAUAAAUCUAUGUAAAUUAUAAAAAUAAACAAAGGGCCAUAACUCACUCAAAAAUUGUUGAACCAGUCUGAUUUUCAGGGGGACACAACUAGGGUACCAAUACAUCUUUCUGACAAAGUUUGGUCAAAAUCACCCCAGUAGUUUUUGAGGAGAUGCGGUAACGAGAAAUUGUUAACGGACGGAAGGACGACGGACCUUGGACGCAGAGUGAUUUGAAUAGCCCACCAUCUGAUGAUAAAAGUAGUUUGUUAUCAUCAGAGCUUGCAGGAAUGAUAUUCAUGCAUUAGUUCAUGCUACCAAAAGUUUUUACAGUUGAUAUUUUUAGCUCGACUAUUCGAAGAAUAAGUAGAGCUAUCCUACUCACCACGGCGUCGGCGUCGGCGUCACACCCUGGUUAAGUUUUUCGUACCAGUCCACAUUUUGACAAAGUCUUUUGAGAUAAAGCUUUGAAACUUUCAACACUUGUUUACCAUCACCAUGUCCAGUUAUAGGCAAGAGUACAUAACUCUGUCAAGCAUUUUGACUGAAUUAUGGCCCCUUUUGACUUAGAAAUCUUGGUUAAGUUUUUCGUAUCAGUUCAUUUUUUGACAAA